AUGGUGAAACUCAAAGCACCAAUCGAAGGGGUGGUCACGUUUGAUCGUGCAGCGAGGAAAGGUGCAGAAAUGGUUCAGGAUAUGCUAAUCGCUCGUAUCGAGCCAUGUCAUCAUGCUAUUGUUAUCAAAGAUAUGUGCGCAACCUGCGGUCGUGAUCUCAGAGAGAAGGAUGGUCGUGCUGGGCAGCGAAAAGAAGCUGCAACAGCGAAUGUAUCGAUGAUCCAUCAUGUGCCAGAACUCAUCGUUUCGGAUGAUUUAGCGACAGAAUUGGGUUCAGCAGACUUGAAGAAUGUCUUAAACUCCCGUAAACUAGUGUUGCUGGUCGACCUCGAUCAAACCAUAAUUCACACGACAAAUCGCCCAUUCAAAGUUGAUCCCAAAGUGCACGGCGAUAUCCACACUUACAAGAUGUUCGGCACGGAAUACCACACAAAACUAAGGCCGUAUACGCAUGAGUUUCUCGAACAUAUGAGUGCACUAUACGAAAUGCACAUCAUAACCUAUGGACAACGACAAUACGCUCACAAAAUCGCUGAGGUUUGGAUUCUCUGA